CUAUGGCAUCAAAUACCUUUGUACCCGUAUUGACGUCAACAUAUUGGAAGUACCCUAAUCUCCACUAUAGAGGUGAAGAGAGUGGAGUGUAAAGAUUAGACAUUCAUAGCAGGCGAGGCGAAAAGCUGCUAGACGUUUGACACUAAUUACAAUCUAGGAAGUUACCUGCGCAUUAAUGCCUUAAUAAGUCACAAGCAGUGAGUUGGUUUUAACUACAGGACGCGCCAUUGUGUGCUGGACCGGGCGUCAUGGUAGGGUAGCAUUGAUCACACUGGCGGAAUAUGGAAAGACCAUCGAUCCGGGUAUCAGGAAUCUAUAUAUGUGAUGUGGAGACCGACAUAAACGCCAUUUCAGAGUUCGGUUAAAACUGGUAGUCCGUUUCUUAGAUACAGACCCUUCCGUUGUCAUGUCCACAUUUUCACCCGGUACAUAGUAGUGCUGUUUGACGACUAAAACAAAAAAUGUCGGUGGAGGAGACAGAUCAUAAUCCCAUCGAGUUCUCUGACAAUCAAUCUACAGCCGACACCAGUGUUAUUAAUUUAUCAUCUCAGCUAGGGAAUUCGGAUGGGGAUAACGGUCUGAUGAUUUCAAACAAUGAACACGAAUCACUAGAGAAAACGAUAGUGGAAACUGAAUUAAUUGUUACACAAAAUGUACAGGAUGUGCACGAUCCAGUUGCAUUUAAUCAAGCUAGUGCUGAUAAUGGUGAAUUAAUUAAUGAAGAAAAUGGAAAUGAAAAUAUUAAAGCAGAAGCAGACGGCAGAUCAAGCGCAGCAUCUUUUAAACUGUCGGAUCAGGAAAAGAAUGAAGCUGAAUCAGAAGUUAAAAACGAGUUUCUAUCAAUAUCUAUAGAAAACCAGAGUUCUCAUCCAACGUACAGCGACAAUUCCACUGUGGAAAAACCUAGUUCUGCUGGUGAAAGCAGUAAACAAGAAUUCCAAAACGAAAAUAUAAAACCAGCAGUAGAUGAUAAUUCAAGUACUGUAUCACUUAAACAAUCUGCUUUAGAUAAGAAUGAGACUGACUUUGUGAAUGAAAAGGACAAUGCAACAUCGUCUACAGAAGAACAGAUUCGUGACAAGUUCAUCAGUGAUCAACCAAUUGUUGCUGGUGGGACUCCCCACGAUCGUGACAAUAUCACAACUGAUCAACCAAGUGUUAGUGAGGAAAGAAGUAAAGAAGAAUCGGUGAAAGAAAUAGACAAUAGUUCAAAUAUUGUUUCAUUUAAACAGUUAGAUUUAGACAAGAACGAUGCUGAAUUUCACCGCGAGAAAGGCCGUGUAUCAGUAAAUACAGAAGAACAGACUUCCUAUCCUAUAAAAAGUGACUAUUCUACCAGUGAUCAAGCUAGUGCUACUAAGGAAAGAACUAUACAAGAUGCGAGUAACGAAAAUGAGAACGAAAAUAUAAAAGCAGCAACAAAUGAUAGUGUAAGUAUCGAAUCACCUAAACAGUCCGAUUCAGACAAAAACGAGGAUUUUGGUGUAAAAGAUAAACCUGACAUUCAUGUGGAAACUGGUUCUCCACGUGCUUCAGAUAUGGAAAAUAGCGAGAGCAAACAAGCUGGUGUGGUAUUAAUCACAGAGCCUGUGCCAAGUAAAGAAUCUGGUUCUGUUCUAAACGCAGAGCUAGAGUCGAAAACAGGUCAAGAUAAAAUUCAAGAUACAGCGAUAACUGAACAAAUACUCCCGCCAAUCGAGAUUCCCAGUAACACUGCUGAUCCAAGGUUAGAAAAUCCUGAGGAUCAGAAGGAAGAUUCGUUUAAAAGAGAUACAGACACAGGAGUCAAUAAUAAAGAGCAAACUCUUAUAAAAACAACUACCAGGUCUAGUAAAGCGGUUAUUCAAGGAAGGGCGGUUACAAAGAUAAAAUCUGAGAAAGAAAGAAAAAGCAGCACGGGUCGGGAUUUGACAUCAAAGAAUACAGGACGAAAAAUUUCAACGCCAAGAAUUUCGACCAGCAAAAAGGAUGAGUCCAAAGUUUCCACUUCUAAAGAUAACAAAAAGUCUCCUCUUACAAGAAAGCUUGGCGUUGACCAUUCCCGAGAAAGAAUUAACCAAACGGCAUCCGUCAAAGAUACAAAUUUACACAAAUCUUCAGUUAGUGACAAAUCGUCUACUGUGGGCAACCAAGGAUCAGAACCCUCCAAGGAUAGACAAACUAGUGAUAAAGAUGCUGAAAAGAAACAAGAACAUUCCAAACCUGAAAAAAUUAGUGAUAACAUAGAUGCUGAAAAGAAACAACAACUUCUUCAAAGUCAAAAGAACUCGGAUGCUGAAACAUUGUCAUCAACCCGGGUACACGAUGCGACAGAAGAUAAAAAUGUAAAAUCAAACAGCACCUGUACAAUUAUUAAUGAAAAAGAACGAAGUAAAACGUCUCAAAAGGUGAAAUGGAAUGAAAAUGUAGCACUCCAGUUGAAGGGUCUUACGAAACCACUACCUAACGGUAAUAUAAGUUCUAAACAAAAUAAACAAGAAGACUUAAAAACUGAAUCAGUAUCUGAAAAUGAACGCAAUCUGACUAACAAUGUGGAAAAGGGUAAACCUGUUGCAGUAAUCGAGGAAGACGCAGAAACUACGAAUGAAAAGGAGAAAGAAAAGUUUAACCCAAGAUCUCUUUUGGCCAAGGCGGUAUUGAAAAAGGGAGGAAAGGAUAAAUCAGGGUCCGGUUUUGUAGCCAUGAAUGGACCAACUAAAACCCAGAGUAAGGCUUCAUUGGCUGUACGUAGUGUCUCCACAGUGGAUGACAAAGACGACAAACUGUCGGUGGAAUCACGUCGAGACUCUACAAUGCUUUCCCUCGAUUCGGCAUCUCGCAAGUCGGUAGACUUCCGAAACACAUCCACCACCCACCAUAUUCCUGAAGAGAAACCCCGCUCUAUCCUUAACGCUAACAAUGAUUCGUGGAUCCGCUCAGCAAUCCCUUACCAGCCACUAAGCCUGUCAAUUUUGUGUCUACUUCUGAAUAUUUUUCUGCCCGGAACAGGAACUGUACUAAGUGGGAUUUCCAUCCUGUGUUGUGGGAAAACGCGCGUGACUAGCAAGGACGACCACGUGACUGUAACGGUUUGUGUGAACAUAUGUGUGGGUGUGGCCCAACUGUUCACAAUUACCUUCUGUCUUGUUGGUUGGUUCUGGAGCAUCGCAUGGGGAAUCAAAAUGGUCAUCUUGUCAGUUGAAUAUCGACGUGAACUGAAAGCUAAACGAGAAAUGGAGCUACAAGCUAUGGCUCUAAGUGCUUUUGGAUCUCCGACUCGAGUCCGCAACCUGUUCAAUACAACGGCUUGAUGACGAACUUUCUUACACACCCUUUAUAGAGAACGCUGUGAUUUGCACGGAUGUUCGGGUCCUGGUCUGAGGUUAUAGGUGUAUGAUUAGUACCAGUCGAUGAAACACCGAUGCACGCUACGCUAUAUAGCGUAUGUUCAUAUGUAUAGAGACACAGGCUAUAUAGCAUAUCGCGCAUCGGAGUUCAAUCGACGGGUACUAAUCAUACACCUAUAACCUCAGAACAGGACCUGAAGGUCCGUGGUGAUUUGUGGUAUCACGUAGUGAUUGAUUUAUCGACAUCUGAUUGGCUGUUUCGCGGUGACGACCUGGACGCCAAAGCCGCACUGACCAAUGAAAUAACUUUCACCAUCAUCUUUGUGGCGUAUGUCUAUUGUGCGAAUGCACCAUAAAUACAGAUACUUUAUUCAAUUCUGUUUCGCACAUUAGAGAGGCCUACUUUUUGAAACCACUGUGUAAGAUGGUAAGAUGAACGGUAUCCAAUGGCCACUCGUGUGGUACUGCCUAUAAACAAAUUAUUAUAGAACGAUUUCAUACACGCAUGUGCACAUACUAUUUUAAUUGUAAUUACUAGUCACUUUGACAAAACUCGAAAUGGAUGUGGCUGGUACAAGUUGAGACUAGUACUAAGUGAGAUAUUACACUGCAGUGGGAUAGGAAGGAAAUAAAUGUUUUAUAUAACGACGCACUCAACACAUUUUAUUUACGGUUAUAUGGCGUCAGACAUAUGGUUAAGGACCACACAGAUUUAAAGAUAGGAAACCCGCUGUCGCUACUUCAUGUGC